CUUAGCCUUCGCCGCCCAAGAUAUGCCAUCGUUUGGAUCUAGGAACGGGGGGGGAGGGACAAGUCCACGGCGAAAGGGGCCUGGGACCGGGAACCGGGAAACGUGAACAGACGAGUAUAAGUAUCGAGGGCCGCCGUCGACAUGGCGAUUCAGAUUUCCUUCCAUCAGCACAGCAAUCUUCCCAGCUUUUCCCCAGGCAACUCAUCUCUCGGGUCUCAAUAACCUCGAUUCUUCGAUCUUCACUCACCAGCCAAAAUGCGCGCCGCCGCUCUCGUCCUCCCCGCCCUUGUGGCCGCCAGCCCCGUCGCUCAGGUCGUGGGUAACGAUGGCUGGGCCGAUGCUCCGGACCCGAAGCAGAUCCAGAUCGUCGAAGCCAGCUUCUCCGGCAGCGGCUGCCCGCAAGGCACCGUGUCGACUAGCAUCUCGCCCGACAAGACGGUCAUCACCUUUGGUUUCGAUGCCUUCCAGACCGAAAUUGGGCCCGGCACCAAGAUGACCGACCGCACCAAGAAUUGCCAGCUCCACUUGAACCUGAAGUACCCCGGCGGCUUCCAAUUCGCCGUUGUGGAGAGCACGUACCACGGCUACGCGCAGCUGGAGACGGGCGUCACGGGCAACUUCUACAGCACCUACUACUUCAGCCAGGACGCGCAGGCGACGACGACGACACAGACGUCCAUCACGGGCGGCGGCAUCUGGGCCGAAGGCCAGGUGUACACCAAGGCCGACAAGAUCCCCACGGCCAGCUACAUCUACUCGCCGUGCGGCGCCAGCGGCAUCCUCAACAUCAACAACCGCAUUGCCUUGACCAGCACCAACAGCAGCGCCUCGGGCUUCAUCACCGACGACGACGCCACCGUCGCUUUCACCCAGCAGCUCAACAUCGCCUGGCGCAGCUGCAAGAAAUAAACAGCCUGACCCCGGGCCUCCUGUCUGCUGUCAGCAUGGCUGUGAUACUGAAGAGAGGGAGUGUGUGAAGGGAGGAAAAAAACGGGAAAAGCAUGACAACGGUUUUUUGCAUCCUC